UUCCUGUGGGGGGUAAUUCGCAGUAGGACACACGUGUGCUGGGAGGAAAGCGUGUGAACGUGUUUUAACUUUCAUGUUAUUGGAGUUUAAUUUGUAGAAGUUCGUGUGAAUGCUGCAGUUUACCGGAUAAAGAACUGAUCUCAGAUUAAAGAACAGUCCGGAAGUGGAGUGACGACGGACGAAUCCGUGAAAACACCAUGAAGAAGAAACGCGACCAGAGUGGCGAGGAGGAGGAGGAGGAGGCGUCUCCGGGGCAACAGUCAGCUGACUACGUGGUGGGUCAGGUGUCAGGAAGUUUGUUCCAGAAGAACUCUGCAGCCUCCGGAUCGUCACUGUCGGCUUUAUUCAGAACCACAGCGCCGACUGCCCUACUGUUCCACCCUGCUCCUCAGGUAAAGGACAGACAGACAGACAGACAGACAGACAGACUACUGUUCCACCCUGCUCCUCAGCCUGUUCAGAAGAGCCCAGAACCAAAGGAGGAGCAGAAGGAAAAGGAAGGGGUCAAAGGUCAACCCACCUCGAAGAAGAAGUCUGUUAAAGAGAAAUCAGAAGCCGAGCAGAAGCUGGAGAACAGGGAGCUCGGUUUACUGAACGCCGACGGAGACGAGGAGACGCCCGGGGGGAAGAAGAAGAAGAAGAAGAGGAAAGCUCCGGAGCCGAGCGGAGAGAACGACGUGGAGCAGUGGGUGAUAAAGAGACAGAGGCUGAGAGCCAGGAAGGAGGAGGAGGCCACGAAGAGGAAGAGGACGGUGUUCGUAGGGAACCUGCCCGUCGGCUGCACCAAGAAGACGCUGCAGAGCCUCUUCAGGGAUAAAGGAUCCAUCGACUCCAUCCGGUUUCGCUCAGUGGUCAGAGAGGAUCCCUCCAUGUCCCGCAAAGUGGCAGUCAUUCAGCGCAAAGUUCAUCCCAAAAAGCAAAGCAUGAACGCCUACGUGGUGUUUAAAGACGAGGAAGGAGUGACGAGGGCGCUGGAGAGGAACGGCACAGAGAUCGAGAAAGACUUCCACAUCCGAGUGGACAGAGUGACGGACAACUCAACACACGAUCACAAACGCUCUGUAUUUGUGGGGAAUCUGUCGUUCGAGAUCAACGAACUGGCUUUCCGGCAGCAUUUUGAGCAGUGCGGCGCCGUGGAGGCCGUACGGCUGGUACGAGACCAGAACUCCGGACUGGGGAAAGGAUUCGGCUACGUCCUGUUCGAGAGCCCCGACUCGGUGCAGCUGGCGUUGGAACUGGACGGCUCCAAACUGGAGGGCAGGUCCAUCCGAGUGAAGAGGUCGGUGAAGAAGGAGAAGCAGAAGAAGAGUAAAAGUGACAGCAAAGGAGGCGCAGGGAGGGCCGGCGGCAGGGGCCCCGGCGGCAGGGGCCCCGGCGGCAGGGGCCCCGGCGGCAAGACCCCUCCGAAGGGCCCGGGGCGCGAGAGAGGAGGCGGUCGCGGAGGUUUCAAGCCUCAAAAUAAAUUCUCGGGAACCCAGCAGAGGACGACCAAAGGCUCCUUCAAAGGAACAAUGGUGGAUCCGAACAAAAAGACUAAAAAGAAAGGACUGAAGAAGAAACAGAAGCCAAACAAGACUGUUCACAUCUGAGCGACAUCUUACAGAAAUAAAAGUGACUCUGAACCGAACAGCAGGUUUCCACUGUUCCACCGUCAGUUACAUGUUGUCUGUAAACUAUUUUCUUCCACAGCAGCAAAACUCAAUAAAGAAUACACAACUUUUUA